AUGGACGAACGAGGCCAGCUGGUGCCACUUAACCUCUGUGCUCCGGCCUUCCUUAUGAAGGAACUGAAAUCACUAAAUAGUGGGUUCUUGCAGCCGCCUCCACCGCCGCCACCACCGCCACCACCACCGCCAUUUCCGUCCCUACAGCCGACGGCGGCAACACAACUUGGGCGCUCAAGUACCAUCACAAGCAUGCGUGAUUUAGAGGUCCCAUUCUUUUCUCGAGCAUCCGGAAGAUUUUGCUCACCUUCUGGAGGGGCUUCCAUGCUUCUACCUGAUUACCGAUUGCAGCAAAAGUCUCCGGAUGACGAGCCAAAACCGAACUUCAGUUACAUUGGUCUCAUUGCAAAGGCAAUUCUCAGUUCCAAGGAAAGGCGUAUGGUGCUGUCGGAGAUCUACGAGUGGAUUCAGGUCAACUACGCCUAUUUCCGCAGUCGAGGGCCAGGCUGGAGGAAUUCCAUUCGACAUAACCUCUCGUUGAAUGACUGUUUUAUCAAAGUUGGUCGUUCUUCCAACGGCAAAGGUCACUACUGGGGAAUCCAUCCGGCCAAUGUAGAGGACUUUCGGCGAGGUGACUUUCGUCGACGAAGAGCUCAAAGAAAGGUGCGACGCGCAUUGGGAUUGUCAUGCCCUGGCGACGGAGAGGACAGUGACUCUCCACCUCUUUCCCCAACUCCUCCUGCGCCCUCCCACACGAUCUCCACUACCGGUCUGCCUCUUUCUCUUUUCCCUCUCCGUGUAAACGAUAACACCGGUGCUGGUCGUGCUAAUGUUAGCAGCGGAAGGAGCAUCUUUCCACCGCCCCCUCCCAUGGACGUUUUUGCGGCCUUGUUAAAUAGUCUUACAACUGCAGGUCUCUUACCUCCUCCUCCUUUACCAUCUCUUCCACCUCUACUGGAAGCGUCCUCAACAACACCACUGCUGCAAUCUCUUCAACAUGGGGCAGAGGCAUCUUCUGAAACUUCCACAAAUCUGCCCGCCCCCUCAGGGAACAGUUUCAGCGUGGCUAGUCUAUUGGGAGCGUGA